AUGAACCAAAUGGUCGCGAUGGUAAAGAGAAAUGUGUGGCUAUGACUAAGAACUAUCCACCCGGAACACAAGGACUAUUUAAAGACAUCGUUUGUUCACAACCAUUUACGUAUGUGUGUGAGUACAGGAAAGGGAAUCCAAGAUGCAAGGACGGUUAUUAUCCACCUCGAUGUAACGAAACAAUUCUGGAGUCCACUCCUGCAGAACCUACCCAAACCACCAAGAAACAGAGAACAAAUCAAUCAAAAAAUGGCUAUAUGGAUAAAGCUGGUUCUUGUGCAGAUUGCUUCAACAAGAAAAGAAAAGAAGAACCUGUCUUAUUGUUUCCUUGUUGUGUUCUUCCCAUCCAAGUUCAGGAGAUAUGGCAGUUGAGUUACUAAAACUGUCUUUCCAGAUUUUGAUGUUUUUUAGGAUAUUAUGGCUUACCUCUUGUACGACAGAUUGCUUCUGCUACACAUUUAAUACACGUAUAUUAGGUUGCAGAGAUAGUCGAGGUGAGUGCAGAAAAGAUGGAGGUGACUUGGUAACCAUGGAAACAGAAGAGAAAUGGAAAUUCAUUAAUUCAAAGAUUCAAGGAAUCAAUAGGUGUCCAAAUGAAUGGUGCAUUGGCCUGAUAAAGGAAGGAGGAGAAUGGAAAUGGGUGAACAACCAAAUACUUUCAAUAAACAAGUGGCAAAGAGAUGAGAAGAGAAAUAUACAUGAACCAAAUGGUCGCGAUGGUAAAGAGAAAUGUGUGGCUAUGACUAAGAACUUUCCACCCGGAACACAAGGACUAUUUAAAGACAUCGUUUGUUCACAACCAUUUAUGUAUGUGUGUGAGUACAGGAAAGGGAAUCCAAGAUGCAAGGACGGUUAUUAUCCUCCUCGCUGUAACGAAACAAAUAUGGGGACCACUCCUGCAACACCUACACAAUCGGCUGCCUCCACAACACAACCUACUCAAUUGGGAGCGACAGCUACUUACAAAACMCAGACAGCAAGUGCAAUAUCUACGCCAAAUGAUAAAAACGACAACCGUCAGAGAUGGCCAGCAUUAGAUGCAUAAAUAUCAAUGAAGGGAGCUCGUCCAUGCCCGAGCAAAUAACCGAGACCGAUGCCGUUAUAUAUGCUGAUAUAAAAGAUGACCAUGCACGUUUUGAAAAUCCUGAAACAACCACCUAUGCAGAGAUACACGAUUACAUGUCACCAUGUACUCUCCCUGUACCAGCAUAUCCUGGAMCAUAUGAAGCUACUGAAAAAUACGAGGGGCAAGUAUGUCAAUCCGUUGAUAACAAAGACACUGGAGAAGAUGAUGUURAUGAUACACAGUAUGAAAAUGCUCCCAAUAGUGCUACCCAGCAGCAAGUAGAUGGUGUUUCUAAAAUAGACCCAGAUGGACAGCUAACAGUGACUAAUGCUAUCUAUGCCACGGUUGACAAGUCCAAGAAAAAAAAAUCAGCGAAUAAACAAGUGGAGUUCGACCCUGUGUACGCACAGGUUGACAAAAGUGCAAAAACCAAGAUCAACUUCUCCAUCUAACUCACUGCAGUAUACAAUACCAACCAGCAAUCUACUAAUUUACGAUCUACUAAUUUGAUAUCGAUUAAAAACCUGUUAUGUCAUUGAUUUAUAUAUAGUAAACAAAUAAAGUGAUUCUUCUUAA